CAUGUCAACAAAAAAGCACAUGACUUCUCGAAGAUGGCGACUAAUGCUGCCGCUGGAACCAGUCUUCGUGUUGAUCGCCCUCGUUCGGAGAGGGAUACCAGUUAUGGAAGUAUACAUUUUACAGAUGAUGAUAUCAACAGUGACAAUUCUAAUGAAGAAAGAGAAGAUAUUUCAGAUGAGAAAAUACUUUCUGGAGGAUUUGAAAGCCUAGAUUAUGAUCAUUGUGAAAAUGAGCUGUUUCAACAAGAAGAAAGAAAAUCUUCAAAGGCCUAUAUCAAGAAGGAGGUGGUCCGGUGGCUGGUGUUUGGACUGAUUGGAAUACUAACAGGACUUAUUGCCUGUGUCAUUGACAACUUGGUCAUCCUGUCCACAAAAUUGAAGUUCACCUACAUUAAAAAUUUUGUUGAUAGCUGUGUCGAUGCUGGGGAGUCCUGUCUACAGCGACCAUUUCUGAUAUGGGUGUGUGUCAAUGCUGGACUGGUCUUUUUAGGGGCAUUCAUGACGGCAGUUAUAGAGCCAGUAGCUGCUGGUAGUGGCAUCCCUCAGAUCAAGUGCUUCCUGAAUGGAGUUAAAGUGCCACAUGUUGUGCGAAUAAAAACUCUGAUCUGUAAAGUACUGGGGGUCAUAUGUGCUGUAGGUGGCGGACUUGUGGUUGGCAAGGAAGGGCCAAUGAUCCACUCUGGGGCAGUGGUGGCUGCAGGAAUCUCUCAGGGCAAGUCGGACACCUUCCAUGUGGACUUCAAGAUUUUACAAUAUUUCCGAUCAGACAAGGAGAAGCGUGACUUUGUAUCAGGAGGGGCAGCAGCAGGUGUAUCGGCUGCCUUUGGUGCCCCUGUAGGAGGGGUACUGUUCAGUCUGGAGGAGGGAGCUAGUUUCUGGAAUCAGGCACUUACGUGGAGAAUUUUUUUUGCAUCCAUGUUGUCGACCUUCUCCUUGAACAUUGUACAAAGCUAUGUCAAGGGUACACCAUGGAGUCUGUCUUCACCAGGUCUCUUCAACUUCGGCAAGUUUGAUACAACUGACUACUCUGGGCUCGAGAUUCCUCUCUUUAUACUCAUGGGUGUGUUUGGUGGAUUUCUUGGAGCUGCAUUUAAUCACAUCAAUUACAAAUUGACAAUAUUUCGUAAAAAGUACAUCAAAACCCGAGGAACACAAGUUACAGAGGCCAUUUUGGUUGCUAUAGCAACAGCUACUGUCAGCUACCUCACUUUAUAUUUCAACAAUGACUGCCAACCAAUGCGGAAGGAUCCUGAUGAAGACAGCGUUCAAUUUUUCUGUGAUGAUGGCCAGUACAGUGCUAAUGCUGGUUUAAUGUUCCAUACCCCUGAGGAAAGCAUUAAGGAGCUCUUUCAUGAUAUACCUGGUACAUUCCGACCUGCAACCCUUGCUGUCUACUGCUUAUGCAGCUUCUUCCUGGCCUGCUGGACCUAUGGACUAUAUGUUCCCAGUGGUCUAUUUAUACCGAGUAUUCUGAUUGGUGCCUCCUGGGGAAGACUACUGGCCGUCCUACUCAAGUACUUCUUUCCCUCUGCUACCUGGGUAAACUAUUCCAAGUAUGCUUUGUUAGGAGGAGCUGCACAGUUAGGUGGUAUCGUGAGGAUGACCAUUAGUCUGACGGUAAUUAUUACUGAGGCGACGGGAAAUAUCACUCUUGGACUUCCUGUCAUGAUUGUCCUAAUGGUGUCAAAGUGGAUUGGAGACAUCUUCAAUGAGGGUAUUUAUGACAUGCAUGUCCAUCUACAAGGUGUGCCACUCCUUGGCUGGGAGCCCUCCAUCAUGCUAUCCAAUAUCUCGGCCACGGAGUUGAUGAGCCAUCCUGUUACUGUGCUGAGGUCCUACGAGUCAGUGGGGCGUAUCGUCGACAUCCUUAAGAAUGAGACCCACAAUGGGUUUCCAGUCGUGGAAGAUUAUGAUCCCUUUACAGAGGAGUCUCCAGACUCUGGAACCUUUGGAACAUUCCAUGGAACUAUCCUUAGGUCUCAGCUCAUCAUCCUGCUCAAACUUAAGGUGUUUGAGGAGCAUGAUGAUGUACAGCAGAUAAAGAAAGGACUGAGUAUAAAAGACUUCAGAGAUGCUUACCCCAGGUUUACACCUAUACAUCAAAUUCACAUUUCGCCACAAGAACGAAAUUUCCACAUUGACCUUAAAUCAUUUUUGAAUCCUGGUGCUUAUUCUGUGUCACAUUGUGCAUCAUUUCCCAGAAUUUUCCGCCUGUUCAGGGCACUUGGACUUCGACAUGUUGUUGUUGUCAACAGAAAACACCAGGUUAUUGGCAUGGUGACGAGGAAGGACCUAGCGAGAUAUAGGAUUACACAGCACUUUGGCAAAGUCAACAUGGAGGAGCUUCCCAUCGCUAAGUGACCACCUUCACCAUCCUACCGUAUGAGAUUUCAGCACGGACCCCAAAUAGAUUUACUUCAUGAAUACCUUAAAUAACAAAAGUUGGAAUCUCGACAAAGCAUUUAUGAUGUGAAAGAAGUUUAUCAAUUAUAUUCAUGAUUUAAAUGACUUUUUAGGGGUCAGUGCUAAGGUUGAGAGCAAUGGUAUGCUCAAACAAUUUGUGAUAUUAUUUGACAACUUUAAACAAUUUAGUCUUUGAGAUUCAAACGACCUCACUGAAAUUCAAAACUGAAAAGUCCUCAAAGAGUUUGUAAAGUAUGUUGGCAAGGGUGUAGCUGUCAUGUUAUCAUAACACAUGCUCGCAGUGCUUGCACAUUCAAACCCCACCAGCUACACCCCUGGCAGGUUGCAUACAGUCUUUUGCUAUAUGACGAACCUUGAAAAGUCCUUGAAUUUAUUAUUCUGCUGUUAUCCUUGAAACACCUUAAAUUCACUUAUGGCCUUGAAAAGCCUUGAAUCCUGACACAUGAUCUUAAAAACUUAUUGAAUAUCAUUUAUUAGUAUGCCAUUCACUGUUCUAUAUAUCCUACACAGCUACAUAAAUAAGGGUAAAUUUAUCUUUGUUUAAAUUUUGGGUCCUCCAAAAGGUGAGAGUUCAUUGAAAGUGAUUUGGUUUUUGUGCCUCAAACUUGUAGACUCAGGAGAAGUGAACUGAAAUCACACAGGAAUAGUGUGAAGUGUCAGACAUUGUGAAAAUUGAUAGCGUAAAAUAUCUUAUAUUUAUAUGAAAAGUUGCUUUAAAUGUUAAUAAAGGCCACAAAGGAGGGGUGCCAAUUUCUUAAGAAGUUUUUGGUAAUUUUAUUAAAGUAUUUGAUAUAAAAAAAUAGACCAUUCAGAAAUUGUGACCUUGGCCUACUUUAUCAUUUAUUUACUGGGUUUUUUUUCAGCUGAAUUCUUAAAAUCUGCUAGUUAUUUAACAGAAACUACUUACUGUAACAAAAAUUAUAAUUUUUACUGACAAUAUUUCAUUUGUAAGAACUGCAACAAAAAAAUGUUCAUUUUACACCAUCUCACUUUGACCUCCCAAUUUUCUAUGAGCCCAUACAAAAGAUAUUUUGAACAUAAUACAAUAUGCAGCUCAUCUUAAAUUAUCUUCCUGCAAAAUGUAAGCAUUAUCACUAAUUAGGGGGAAGAAAGGCCAAAAUUAGCAUCCCUCCUUUAGUUUCAACAGAGCUGUACAUACUCUGAGGUAGGACAAACUAUGGCAAGCCAAGUUGUCAUUUAUUCAAGGAGCAAUGUUGAUCCAGGAU